AUGGCUAGUGAGGAGAGUUUCAUAGUGUUGGUUCACCACAGAGGAUCCAUUAAGAGAAAAACUCGUUCCGGUGUGAAGUUCACUGAUAAGGAUCAUCUCUGUAUUAUCGUCAGGCCUACGACGAAGUAUGAUGACCUUGUUAGCUAUGUACUGCUGAAACUUGGUCUAGAAGGUGUGAAACGGGUUAAGAAGUUUUUUUUAUCGAAUUCCAAUCACGGUGCUCCAGAAAACCGUAAAGUACGAUUGUUUCACGAUCGCUCGGGGGGUUCGAACCGGAAUACCACCACUUUAGCCACGGUAGCCGGUUCUAGCUCCAGACCUGCCGUUGCAUCUUCCUCCGUCCCUGCGUACGAGCCACCCGUCCAACCUGUCGCCUCCCCUUCGUUCGCUGUUGAUCUCAACGGCAGUGUAGGCGACGAGGUUGGAGAAGGCGAAUAUUUGCGGACCUCUUUACAGUGUGCUGCACCGGUUGGGGUUGGAGAUAGAUUCUUGGAUGAUCCAGAGGACGAUGAUGUCGAGCCGGAUAUGAUUGCUGAUGACAGUGGCGAUGAUGUUGGAGCAAGUGAGCCUGCUGGGGCAGGCAGUGGUUCUAGCUCUGGCACGCAGCAGUACUCUCCACAUUUUUCCUCUUUGGACUUGGAUGCCAUGAGGCAGGAGGGGGUUUCUGGGCAGCCGGCUGGAUUUGGCGCUAGAGAUGCUGAAGGGUUUGCAGGUCUGACAGAAUUUCAGGUUGGUCAGCAAUUUCCGGAUAAAGAAGAGGCCCUGUUAAGUGUUAAGACUUACAGCAUCCGUCGAGGGGUACAGUACAAGGUCGUGGAGUCUGACUAUCGCCGGUAUGUGGGCAAGUGUUCUGUAUUCGGCAAUGGGUGCACAUGGUUGAUUCGGCUUAGUCUCCGACAGCGCAAGGGACUUUGGGAGGUCAAACGUUACAAUGGACCGCAUACUUGUCUCGCCACCUCCAUUUCCAGUGACCACAGGAGUUUGGAUUACCAUGUGAUAUCGGCAUUCAUUAUGCCAAUGGUUAGGGCUGAUGCAUCCGUCAGCAUCAAGGUGCUCCUAAUUGCCACCGCCGCACACUUUGGGUUUAGGCCGACUUACAGGAGGGUCUGGUUGGCGAAGCAGAAGGCUGUUGCCCUCAUCUAUGGUGACUGGGAUGAGUCGUAA